CAACUUUCUGCUGAUGGGAAAGCAGUGAGUGUACGACUGUCUCACUCUUUCAUUAUCUCCACUGCCAAGCCUGUAUUUCCAUUUUGUUUUUUUUUAACCACCAAAAAUGAUCAGUGCUUGAUCUGAAGUCUGAGGCCACGCCAUGUCUGCAGAGAAGAAGCCAAAAAAGAAGAAAGAGGAGGCUAAUGGUACAUCAGAAGCCAAGCUGAACAGCAAAGAGGCCAAGCCCAAAAAAGCAAAGAGCAAGAAAAAUGAAGACGUAAUCGAAGAGGAGAGUCCUGCCGUCCAAAAUGGAAAGAAGGUGAAGAAAAAGAAACCAGAAAAAGACAAAGAAGAACCAGAAAGGGAGAAAGAAAAAGAGCCAAAAAAGAAAGCCAAAAGUGCACCAAAGAAGAAGAAAGAUUCAGGCACAGAUGACGACGACGAUGAUGACGAUGAAGACAACCCUAAAAAGAAGACAAAGAAGAAGGCGACAAAGGACAGCUCUCCGUCAGCGAGUUCUGCCAAAGAGAAGAAAUCUAAAUCUAAAGAGGACAAAGAUUCUGAUGGAAAAGAGAAAAAGUCCAAAACAAAAGACAAGGACAAGAAGAAAGAACCAGCUUCAAUGUUCCAGAUAAACGGAGAGAAAGACACAAAGAGCAAAAAGAAAGCUGCUAAAUCUGACAGCGACCAAAGUGAAGAGGAAACAAAGUCGAGCAAAUCAAAGAAGAAAUCCUCCGCCGGCUCAGCGUCCAUGUUCCAAACAUCAGGAGACAAGGACAAAGAUAAGAAGACGAAGAAGAAAGCAAAGGCAGAAGAGAGUGAUGAUUCAGAGUCAGAAAAAGAAGAAAAAUCCAAGAAGAAGAAGGGCAAAGGAAAGAAGAAAAAGGAGAGAUCUCCGUCACCUGAGAUUGAGUUUGACGACUUGGAGAAGUUUGUGAUGCAGCCGGCUCCGCAGGGCACGACCAUCAAGUGCCGAGUGACACGAGACCAGAGAGGGAUGGAUAAGAGUCUCUACCCUCUGUAUUACUUUCACCUGGACAACGAACAAAAGACGUUCCUCUUGGCUGGAAGGAAACGUAAGAAGAGCGCUACAUCAAAUUACCUCAUCUCCAUUGAUGCCACAGAUUUAUCAAGAGGAGGCGAGAAUUUUGUGGGAAAGUUGAGGUCUAAUUUAAUGGGCACAAAGUUCACAGUAUUUGAUAACGCUCUGAAUCCAGAGAGAGCUCUUCCUGACCUGUCCAACGCACGCCAGGAGUUAGCAGGGAUCGUCUAUGAAACAAAUGUUUUAGGGAUGAAGGGUCCCAGAAGGAUGACGGUUGUUAUUCCAGGAAUGGACAAAAACAACGAGCGGGUUCCUCUACGACCAAGAAAUGAUUGCGACGGCUUGUUGUUGAGACACCAGAAUAGACGGACGGACAACUUGAUCGAGCUGCGCAACAAGACGCCUGUGUGGAACGAAGAUACGGCGUCCCAUGUGCUCAACUUUAACGGCAGGGUCACCCAGGCCUCCAUCAAGAACUUCCAGAUAGUUCAUAACAAAGACUUGGACUACAUUGUGAUGCAGUUCGGACGUAUAGCUGACGACAUUUUCACGCUGGACUUCAACUACCCGCUGUGUGCCGUGCAGGCCUUCGCCAUUGCUCUCUCCAGCUUCGACGGGAAGAUCGCCUGUGAAUAACAGAGCGGGGCUCACACAAAAACCUGAACGCGACACACCCACACCCCCAUCAGAACAACUCUUGUCUUUGGACACCGCCUUCAACGUUUCCUGUGAUGGAAUCUGAUAACAGGUCAUGGUUCAGUGAAUGUGUCUUUACGUGCUGCUGCACUGUUACCUCUGUGGUUGUGUUUUUCACUCACAGUCUGAAGUCGGUCUCAUAUCAUCAUCUGAUCUUGCCGACAUGACAUGGGAGAGUUCUGGCUAUUGCCUCUGAACAUAAACUUCUGGGUUGUUUUAGAGUAUGAUGUCAAACCUGAAUGAUGAAGAUUUUUGAAGAUUACAAACGUCAUUCAAAGAUGUUAGUGUUGUAGUACUCCAAAUCGGUCUUGGUCCCGAGGCCGGUCUCGAGGCCGCUUUUUGAAGGUCUCGGUCUCGUCUCAGAAUCAAAAUCAUUUUCACUCGGUCUUGUCUCGGUCUCAGGCUUGGCAGACUUAAGGAUUUUUUAUCAAGACCAGUCAAGACCACCACUGAUUGGCUAUUUUUGUCCAUGUAAUUACUGUGAUUAGAAGGAAAAUG